UCCUUUUGUCUUAUAAGGCUAAAUAUAGUAUAUACAACUCGUAGAAAAAUUCACUGGCUCAAAAGUUGACCAUUUUAAGAAAAACUUAUUCAUGGUUUUCUAGAAUUUCAUCUUUUGGAUAUGGGUAGCAAAAUCUCCAAAAGAGACCGAGCCAAUUCGAGAGACAAAUCCAAACAGCCAUCUGGGUCGGAGGAUUAUACUCUUCUUGCUUCUAAGACACCAUUUACUGUAAGCGAGAUCCAGGCCUUAUAUGAACUGUUUAUGAAAGUUAGUAGCUCCGUUGUCAAAGAUGGACUUAUACACAAGGAAGAACUUCAGCUUGCUCUUUUCCAGAGUAAUGAUAAGAGGAACCUUUUCUUAGACAGGAUAUUUAAUCUAUUUGAUGUCAACCGCAAUGGGUGUAUAGAGUUUGGAGAAUUUGUUCAAACCUUAAGUAUUUUUCACCCAAAAACUUCAGAAGCUGUCAAGACUAAGUGUAAGAAAUAUGUUCAAAUAAUGAAUACUGAAUCCAAAUUCAAGUUUACUGCAAUGUGCUUUUUAAUGCAACUAACCACUAAAAGGAGUCCAAAUAUGUAUGUUGCAGAUGCAUUUAAAUUAUACGAUCUCAGGCACACUGGUUACAUCGAACGCGAAGAGUUGAAGGAGAUGGUGCAGGCUCUUUUGAAGGAAUCUGAUCUGAACCUAUCAGAAGAUGUUGUUAAAAUGAUUGUAGACAAGACAUUCGCAGAAGCAGAUUCGAAAGGAGAUGGUAGGAUUGAUGAGGAAGAAUGGAAGGAGUAUGUAGAGAAGAAUCCUUCUUUACUCAAAAACAUGACUCUCCCAUACUUAAUGGACAUAUCUCUAGCAUUUCCUAGCUUUGUGUUCAACUCUAAGGUUAAGGAGUCCGAGCUGUAGCCUCGAAAAUUCGUGAUGGUGAAUUCAUCCUUGUGAAGAUUGACACAGCGUGAAGCAACUUAGUCAUGUACCGAAAAUCUGGCUGGUGAAUAAAUGUAAGUCGAGACAAAAACCAGUUCCAAACGUGAGAGUUUCAAAGUAAGCUGGCAAAAGCGUUGAGUGGGACAAUGUUCAAAGACUUCCAAGAUAGAAAUCUAGGCCCUUUGCGGUAUGGCGUUCAUCAAUGUUCGUAGUUGCUUUGUUGAAUUGUAAUAUGUUGUCUGUAGAUUUUAUUUGCUUUGAAGGUUUUGUUUCAAAAUUUGUACCUAAAGACGUUCUUUUAUUGAAUAACAAUACAAUAGUGAAUGCUUUGUUGUGCUGAAUCUAUUUGCGAUUUCAUGACAA